ACAAUGAACAACUGCUUCGCAAAUGUCUCUCCGACACUUCAGGAAUGCUUCCAGAAAUUGACUAAUUGACUAACAUCCCCUUUUACCCUAACCAGCACCUGGCGCUUUUCUUUCAGUACGCUCUGGUCUCACGUUUCCAGCCGCCGAACAAGGCGCCAGUUUGACGGGCGGGAAUGAGCCGGAACAAGCCGUGCUAACCGGGAACAGUGUUAAUUAACUCGGAAACGCGCAGUAACAUUCGGCGGAUUUCGAAAGAAUGGAACAGCGGCGGAGUCUAGUUAGGCUAUUCGUGCUGCUGCUGACUCUAAUCCUCCAUGUGUGGCACGUCACUGCUGACGUGUCGGAGGAGAAUGUCCUGGGACACGUGGCACAAUUCGAGGAGCAGAUGGAGAUGGAGAUGAUGAAUCCUGCAGUGACAGGUACAGCAGCAGCAGGAACUGACACGUCAGCUGCCACGUCAGCCUCAAACGCUGUACCAGUAUCAUCCAGCGUCCCAGCACAGACAGGUGAUGCUGCAGCAGCAGCAGCAGCAGCAGCGAAAUCAGCAGCUGCCGAGCCAGCAGUAGCAGCAGCAUCUCCAGGAAAAAAUGCAACAGCUGCUACUGCCGGAACGAGUACAGGAACAGCAGCAGCAGCAGCAGCAUCAACAGAUGCAACAGCGGCAAAACCAGCAGAAACAGCACCACCAGCACCCCCUGCAGCAGCGGCAGCAGCAUCAACCCUACCCCCGAACGAGAACGAGCAUCCCAGCAUUCGCGGGCUAGCCAACGGCGCACAGGCCACUCUCUGGAUCCCCGAGAUCAUCUUCGAAAACCUUGAGCUCCUCGACCUCCGCUUUCACCAGGGCAUCCACUGCAACGCCUCCUCCGCCACCUGUCCCGCCUUCUCCCCCUGCCCCUCCGCCCCCCUCCAGGCCUCCCGCAUAUCUGCUUGCUCCCCUGAUCCUCCGUUUGUGGACAGUGCCCCUGUUGUUUCCGCUCCUCCUCUCAACCACCUCCCAGACGCCGCGAGCGGCGCUGCGAGCGAUGGUGCUGGUGCGGGCUCGGUGCCGCCCUACCCCUACAGCCUGGCUGCUACUCAGGCUCCGGCGUCCUUCGAUGAGGCCGUGGCGGAACCCUUUGCUGCGCAGGUGUUUCUGCUGGAGAAUGUUUUUCUCAACGACAGGGGCUCUGUGUUCGAUGCGACCUACUACUACAGACACGGCCUCUUCUGCAGGUCCUGCCCCAUAGACACAGGUCUGUACACCGGGGGCACCACUGCCGUGUAUGUCUUCGACCACCUUGUGUCCCUCGCCUACUGGAACGGGCCCAACUUCUACCACACCAUGCUCGAAGUCAUGCCCUCACUCCUCUUCCUCCGCCCCUUCCUCUCCUCGCACCUGGACCUCCCCGCCGGGCCUAUCCCCGUCGUGGUCCGGCAAUUACAAGAGCUCUACACCCACCUCUUUGCGCUCGUGAACGUCUCGGAAACUUCGCUGAAUAUUCACAUUAUCCCUGACGACGCGCUGUAUUUCGUGCGGAGGCUGUAUCUUCCCGCUCAGGCACAGUGUGGCCGACCCUCUGCUGCACUUGUCACACACCUACGAAACGAGUACCUGGUCCCGCCGCCGCCUGCCGAUAAUAACACGAGUGGGAACAGCAACAGCAGCCUAAGUGCUGGUGGGAAUGGGAAUGGGAGCGUGGCGUUGGAUUGGUGUGUGGUAGUGGGUCAGAGGGACACGACUCGCCGCAUCGUGGGCCGGUCUCAGCUGCUGCAGGAGCUAUUCAGCAUCUUCCCAAGCGACCGCAUUGUGCUCUUCCGUGGCAACCUCCCCGUGUUUGACGCCAAGCGGCUGUUCAACCGCGCACGCCUCUUCAUCUCGCCUCACGGGGCCCUCAUGACCAACAUGGUCUUUAUGCCCUCCCUUAGCCAUGUCGUGGAGGUUCGGCCACAUUCAUUCGACAAUAACUGCUACCACUUUUUAGCGCACAUUUGCCGUCAUUCGUAUUAUCUUGUGCACGGGAAUGGGACCAAGAACUCGGAUAUUCAUGUGGACAUGGAUGAGUUGAUUAGGGUUGUGAAAGAAAUUGCUGGAAAUAUUUUGACUUGAGUAAUCCCAUAUUGAGAAAGU